GGGCAUUCACACGGUACAACUAGUUGUAUACAAUUUGUUGCAUGCAACACAUUGCAUCGUGUGAACGGGCAAGUCGGUCCAACUUUUGACGUAUGCAACUUGUUGGACGCGAGUUGUACCAAAUAGGACAUGCUCUAUUUUCAUGCGACAAGUUGUAUGAACGCAGCCAAUCAAAACGCGUAUGAAAAUCAUGUGACAUUUACACGUCAAUUUGUAAACAAAAAUGGCGACUCCGAUUCACGUCGGUAACCUCUGUUUUCGGUAUCCUAAGUGUCACCACUCAAUAAAGGACCUAUGAAAAGGUCUGUAUGCCAGGCUAGACUGGAAGCACAUGGGGAAGACAUCGUUGGCUCGUGACGGUAACGGUAUAGCGAGACAGCGGUAACGCUAUAGCGCGGUUAGGGAUCAGUUGGUAGAGGGCGAAGGCGCGCCCUGUGCACUGCGUUAUUGCUCAAGAGACGACUGCUGCUGCCGAUUUAGUGGCGAAUUAAAUUGUGGACCUACAUUUGACAGGAAUUCAGGUUCAACGCAAGCACUGCUACAGUUGAGACGAUGUCGGACUACAGCAAGAUGAUGAUGAACUUUUUCGGCGCAACUGGUGUCAUGACAACCUUAUCCCUGGCACGGGAUUUGGGCCUGGUGAAGAUGUUGAUGGAAGCCAAAGACCCUCUCACAUCACAGCAGAUGGCUGACAAGCUGAACCUAAGAGAAAGGUACGUGCGUGAGAUCCUGGGUGCACUGGCUGUCGGGAAAGUCAUCAGCGUCGACGACUCCUCCACCAAGUUCCAUGUUCCAGAAGACAACAAGGGCACAUUGGAUGAAAUAUCUGCGUUUGCCAGAGUUAUUCCACUGAUGGGUGCAAGAUAUGAGAAUAUCAAGAAAUGUGCUCAACCACAAAACCCUGGCGGAAUGGCUUACAAUCAGUCUGAUGCUGUGUUUGAGGUGAUGAAAGAGAUUUUGGUCGUAACCAAGAAAGAUAUGGUCGACACAGAUAUCUUGCCUGCGGUGUCUCCCCUGCUGCCCAAAUUAGAAUCGGGAAUCAAGGUUGCCGAAUUUGGAUGCGCAACAGGUUACAUUUUAAACCAAUUGGCAUCAAGAUUCAAGAACAGCACGUUCCUUGGUUCGGACAUAGCAAGCGAGCCAUUGGUUGAAGCCAGAGAAGAUGCAACCAGGCAAGGCCUUCAGAAUAUCACCUAUGACACAGAUAAUAUUGAGACCAUAUCUAAAAGAUAUGCGGAGAGUUUUGAUUGGAUACUAACCCGCGAUGUCAUUCACGACUUGACAUAUCCACAGGAUGCCUUAAACGAGAUUUACCGGUGUCUGAAACCAGGGGGUAUUUUCAGCUUGAUUGAUGUUGGAAUAGAGGGAGGCGUAACUGCCAACAUUGCUGAUCCUUCAGUGAUGUUCUUCUACUCGGCAAGCACUUUCUUCUGUAUUCCGGAAAGCUACCGCAAGCCUGAUUCUGCAGCACUUGGGGCAACGUGGGGGGCACCUUUGGCAAGAGAGAUGGUUGCUAAAGCUGGUUUCACCAUCAUAAAUGAGUCUUUGAGUCGCACAGAUCCGUUUGAGGUACACUUUGUCUGUCAGAAGUAGAUUUCAGUUGCAUCUGAUGCGCCUGGAAAUCGUUGGUGUUUGGACCAACAUUUAAAUUGCUUUUGGAAGUUAUAGUAUCUAGUAAUGUGGCUGACGACAGUACAAGCCCACUUACAGGUGGAUUCGUAGAAACACUUUCUUGACGUUAAACCCCAUUUCACCCAAUUUCACACUAAUCCACUCACUGCAAACCAGUUUUUUUACAAAUGAUGUUCUUAAUUUCUUAUUCGUCUUGUUAUUAAAUACGCUUGUUCCUGUCUGUUUGGAUGUACAUGUAUGUUAUAAAACAAUAAAUGGACAGAAAGUAAA